GUGAUCAGUCUUUGGGACGCGUAUUUGGCGUGCAGAUCGCGGCCGAGAACUUCGCAUCGAAAAUCCACUCUCAGUGGUUGAGGCAAAACAAAAAUAACGAGCACACGGCACUCGAAUUAGCCAAAAAUAAAAUAAACAAAAUUGAACAGCAACUGGUGCGAGGGCCUCAGUUGUUUUACGAGCUUCGGCGCGCGCGCACACACACAUCAGAUUCUCUGGAAAAAUCUGUGACAAUGCUGCGAGCUAAUCUAAUCGGUCUGCUGUGCCUCUGUUUGUCUCUGGGCCCGGCUGAGUCACGCACGCGGCCCAAAGAUUUGACCAUUACGAAAUUCGUGACAAUUGGCAGCGGCGGCGGCACAUCCCACGUGGAGUCUUUGCUGGGCAACAGUCGGCCCAGUCCGGAGACGUACAAGACGGUGCGCAAUGCCUUCUUCAACUACGAGGAGUCGAGAGCGCUGGGCAAUGAUCUGGAGCUGAGCUCGCGCGAGUUGCAAGCCAACGGGACGAUCAUGAAGGCCAAGCUAACGGAGUACAGAGAGGGCCUAAUAACGCCGUAUCUCUUCAAGCCGUCGCAGCAUAUCUUCAACGUGCUCGCGGCCAUCGAUAAGACGGACCUCUUCCAGAUCCUGAAGCGCAUGCCCAAGGGCGGAGUUCUGCACGCCCACGACACGGCUCUGUGCAGCACCAAGUCCAUCAUUGAGCUGACCUACUAUGAUCAUCUGUGGAUUUGCCAGCAGGCUGGUGAUCUAAGUGCCGCCGCUCUGCGGUUCGCCAAAGCGAAGCCCGACGCUCUGACUGAUCCCAACUGUGAUUGGAGUCUGCUGUCGGAGGUGCGCAAACAGUAUGGAGCGGACAAGGUGGACGAAUAUUUGGCCGAGCGCCUCACGCUUUACCCGACGACGGACUUCCAGGAUAUCAAUGCUGCUUGGACCAGAUUCACGCAAAUCUUCCAGCUGCUCGACGGACUGCUCAUGUACGCCCCGGUCUGGAGUGACUAUUACUACAAGGCGCUGCAGGAGUUCUACGCCGAUGGCGUUCAAUACCUGGAAUUCCGUACGACGUUGCCCACGCUCUACGAUAUGGAAGGCACCGAGUUCACCCCGCUCGACACUGUGCGCAUCUAUGUGCAGACCCUGGAGAAGUUUAUGAAUCACCCAGAUAACAAGGACUUCAUUGGCUCACGCAUGAUCUAUGCGCCUCUGCGCAAUACAGAUGCCGCGGGCGUGGCACGCUACAUCGAGAUACUCAAGCAGGUUAAGGCAACGUAUCCAGAUUUCUUGGCUGGCUUCGAUCUGGUGGGUCAGGAGGAUCUGGGACGUCCGCUGCGAGAGUUUGUGGAUCAGCUGCUGGAGGUGCCCGAGGAUAUUGACUUCUAUUUCCAUGCGGGCGAGACGAAUUGGUAUGGCUCGACGGUCGAUGAGAAUCUGAUUGAUGCUCUGCUGCUGGGCACGAAGCGCAUUGGCCACGGCUUCGGUCUCGUCAAGCAUCCCGUGGUGCUCGAUAUGGUUAAGAAACUGAAUGUGGCCAUCGAGGUGAAUCCUGUGUCGAAUCAAGUGCUCAAGCUGGUCAGCGAUUUCCGUAAUCAUCCGUGCUCUCAGUUCUUCGCCGACGGCCAUCCGGUCAUCAUCUCAUCCGAUGAUCCCAGCUUCUGGAAGGCCACGCCUCUCUCGCACGACUAUUACAUUGCCUUCCUGGGAAUCGCCUCGCAGCACGCAGACCUGCGCCUGCUCAAGAAGCUGGCGCUCAACUCCAUUCAAUACAGUUCGCUCUCCGCCGACCAAAAGUUCGAUGCGCUCAAUAAGUGGCAGACGAAGUGGGAUCAGUUCAUCGACUAUGUCAACGGCGUGCCGAACACUGCGCCCGGCCAGCAGCUCGAUUGACUAGCACGGGUGGUGGCAGCGCUUCUGAUUACGUACACCCGUCCUGAAG